AUGGAUUCGGUAGAACUUUGCCUUCCUGAAUCUCUUUCCUUGCACUACGAAGAAGAGCUUCUUUGCAGAAUGUCAAGCAAAGAUCGACACAUUGAUUCUAGCUGUUCGUCAUAUAUCAAGACGGAACCAUCAAGCCCCGCCUCCUUGACGGACAGCAUCAACCAUCACAGCCCUGGUGGCUCCUCUGACGCCAGUGGAAGCUACAGUUCAACCAUGAAUGGACAUCAGAAUGGGUUAGAUUCACCACCACUCUACUCUUCAGCCCCAGGUCUUGGGGGCAAUGGGUCUGUCAGGAAACGAUAUGAUGAUUGCUCCAGUACCAUUGCUGAAGAUUCACAAACCAAGUGUGAAUAUAUGCUGAACUCAAUGCCCAAAAGAUUGUGUUUGGUUUGUGGUGAUAUUGCAUCAGGGUAUCACUAUGGUGUGGCUUCAUGUGAGGCCUGCAAGGCUUUCUUCAAGAGGACAAUUCAAGGUAACAUAGAAUAUAGCUGUCCAGCAACAAAUGAAUGUGAAAUCACAAAGCGCAGACGCAAAUCCUGUCAAGCUUGUCGUUUUAUGAAGUGUCUAAAAGUUGGAAUGCUGAAAGAAGGAGUGCGCUUAGACAGAGUACGUGGUGGUCGCCAGAAGUACAAGCGCAGAAUAGAUGCAGAAAAUAGUCCAUACCUGAAUCCUCAACUAGUCCAGCCAGCUAAAAAGCCAUAUAACAAGAUUGUCUCCCAUUUGCUGGUGGCUGAACCAGAGAAGAUCUAUGCCAUGCCUGAUCCCACUGUGCCUGACAGUGACAUCAAGGCUCUCACCACACUUUGUGAUUUGGCAGACAGAGAGCUGGUGGUCAUUAUUGGAUGGGCUAAGCAUAUUCCAGGAUUUUCCACUUUAUCGCUUGCUGACCAGAUGAGCCUUCUGCAGAGUGCUUGGAUGGAGAUUUUAAUUCUGGGCGUAGUGUACCGAUCACUUUCCUUUGAGGAUGAGCUUGUCUAUGCUGAAGACUAUAUUAUGGAUGAAGAACAGUCUAAAUUAGCAGGCCUUCUUGACCUCAACAAUGCCAUCCUGCAACUGGUAAAAAAAUACAAGAGCAUGAAGCUGGAGAAAGAAGAAUUUGUCACCCUCAAAGCUAUCGCGCUUGCUAAUUCAGACUCUAUGCACAUAGAAGAUGUUGAAGCUGUCCAGAAACUUCAAGAUGUCUUACAUGAGGCUCUGCAGGAUUAUGAAGCCGGGCAGCACAUGGAAGACCCACGCCGCGCUGGCAAGAUGCUGAUGACUCUGCCAUUACUCAGGCAAACCUCCACCAAGGCUGUGCAGCAUUUCUAUAAUAUUAAAUUGGAAGGCAAAGUCCCCAUGCACAAACUAUUUUUGGAAAUGCUGGAGGCAAAGGUCUGA